CGGGCAGCGGGGCGGGCGGCGAGGCGGCUGCGGGCGCGGGGCGGGGCGGCCGGCCAUGAUCGCGUCGUGCCUGUGUUACCUGCUGCUGCCGGCCGCGCGCCUCUUCCGCGCCCUCUCAGAUGCUUUCUUCACGUGUCGAAAAAAUGCCCUCCUGGCGAAGAGCGCGUCCCCCCAGGUAGAGGGCGACUUUGCCAUGGCCCCUCGGGGCCCUGACCAGGAGGAGUGUGAGGGCCUGCUGCAGCAGUGGCGAGAAGAGGGGUCAAGCCAGGUACCUUCAACAGUGAACGAGGGGCCCCUUGAGGAUAAGGGCCUCGCCCAGAGCAGCCUGGCCCUCCUGAUGGAUAAUCCGGGAGAACAGGAUGCUGCUUCAGAGGACAAGUGGCCCAGUAGGCAGCUGAGCGACCUGCGGGCAGCUGAGAACCUGGAGGAGCCUUUCCCCGAGGGGCUAGGAGAGGACCCCGUUCCGGAAGUGGAGGGCCCGAUGUGGGCCGCGGUGCCCAUGCAGGCGGCCCCCCAGUAUGCAGACUGUGCUGUCCUCCCUAUGGGUGCCCUGGCCGCAGAGCAGUGGGAAGAGGACCCUGCCGUGGUGGCCUGGAACAUGACAGCCGAGCCUCUCCCCCAAGAAGAGGCUCCCAUCUGGCCCUUUGAGGGCCUGGGGCAGUUACAGCCUCCCCCAAUGGAAAUCCCAUAUCACGAAAUCCUGUGGCGAGAAUGGGAGGAUUUCUCCACUCAGCCAGAUGCCCAGGGCCUGGAGGCAGGGGAUGGCCCUCAGUUCCAGUUCACGCUCAUGUCCUAUAACAUCCUGGCCCAGGACCUGAUGCAGCAGAGCUCAGAGCUGUAUAUGCACUGCCACCCGGACAUCCUAAACUGGAACUACCGCUUUGCAAACCUCAUGCAGGAAUUCCAGCACUGGGACCCCGAUAUCCUGUGUCUCCAGGAAGUCCAGGAAGAUCACUACUGGGAGCAGCUGGAACCUUCUCUGCGCAUGAUGGGCUUUACCUGUUUCUAUAAGAGGAGGACCGGGUGUAAGACAGACGGCUGUGCUGUCUGCUACAAGCCCACGAGAUUCCGCCUGCUCUGCGCCAGCCCUGUGGAGUACUUCCGGCCGGGCUUGGAGCUCCUCAAUCGGGACAACGUGGGCUUAGUCUUGCUGCUGCAGCCACUUGUCCCAGAAGGCCUGGGACAGGUCUCGGUGGCCCCGCUGUGUGUGGCAAACACCCACGUCCUGUACAACCCUCGCCGGGGCGACGUCAAGCUGGCUCAGAUGGCCAUUCUCUUGGCCGAAGUCGACAAGGUGGCCAGGUUGUCAGACGGCAGCCACUGCCCCAUCAUCUUGUGUGGGGACCUGAACUCUGUCCCCGACUCGCCACUCUACAACUUCAUCAGGGAUGGAGAGCUCCAGUACCAUGGGAUGCCGGCCUGGAAGGUAUCAGGGCAGGAAGACUUCUCCCAUCAGCUUUACCAGAGGAAGCUGCAGGCCCCCCUGUGGCCCAGUUCCCUGGGGAUCACUGAUUGCUGUCAGUAUAUUUCCACCUGUCACCCCAAGAGAUCAGAGAGACGUAAAUAUGGCCGGGACUUCCUGCUACGUUUCCGCUUCUGCAGCGUUGCUUGUCAGCGACCUAUAGGACUGGUUCUUAUGGAAGGAGUGACAGAUACUAAGCCAGAGCGACCUGUUGGCUGGGCCGAGUCCAUCCUGGAGGAGGACAUGUCCAACCCUGAGCCCGUCUUCCCCAGGACUGUGGGCACCAUCCAGCACUGCCUUCACCUGACCUCGGUGUAUACCCAUUUCCUGCCCCAGCAUGGCCGACCAGAGGUCACCACAAUGCCCUUGGGUCUUGGAACAACAGUGGAUUACAUCUUCUUCUCCGCUGAGUCUUGUGAGACUGGGAACAGAACUGACCACAGCCUCUACCAGGACGGAACGCUCAAGCUCCUCGGCCGUCUCUCCCUCCUCUCCGAAGAGAUACUCUGGGCCGCCAAUGGUUUACCCAACCCCUUCUGCUCCUCUGACCACCUCUGCCUGCUGGCCAGCUUCGGAAUGGAGGUCACGGCACCAUGACGGGCUCCCGGGGGAAGUGAGCUCACC